GCUCGUACAGCGUUGACUAGAUACAUCAAUGAUGUAUUGUGUGUUCGAGACAUGGCAAAGAACAAAACGAAAGGUGGUGUGCCCAACAAACAUCUACGUGCUCGCCUCUCAUACCUCCAACAAGCGGCAAUCUAUCUCACAGCCAGGAAUGCACACCAUCCGGAUAGCGGACGGUGUUGUGACGCUACUGGACAUCCCAGCAAUAGAGCUGUCGAAAGGGACUAUGCUGUCAAACGUGAUGAUGAUCUGAGCCCAGGUUCAUCGCUCAACUUCCCUGCCACUGGCGGUCUGCCACUGUACCUUAAUAGCCAUCUUCGCCAAGUUGCGUUGAAGUCGCAGAUCCGCUUGCAUACCGACGUCAAGCAUGCCUUCUGCAAGGCUUGCAAUACCGCUCUAGUAGAGGGACAGACAUGCCGAAGGUACAUCGAGAACUUAUCGAAAGGCGGCAAGAAGCCUCAUGCAGAUGUUUCGGUGCUCCAAUGCAAUGCUUGUGGUGCAGCCAAACGAUUUCCCAUCGGCGCGAAACGACAGAAAAGGAAGGGUGAGAGGCAACCAUGCUUACCAUCUGCUGAAGAGCCGCUGCCGGCACAAUCACGAGCUCCAUGCAGGAUUUGAUUUGACAACGACGCUGCCUUCGGCUACUCGCCCCUGAGCGGGAAAACAUGGUAUUUCAUAUACGACAUGUGAUUCUCCCCUCACAGCAUCAAUAGUAACGGAGAUCGCAGCGUGUAGGGAAGGUGCUCCACAUGCCCGUGCCUUCCU